GGACCAAAGCCCUUACAAACAUCCAACAAAUUUAACAAAACCGAUGAGAGACGCAAUGCCGAGGAUUCUUAAACUUCUUGUUUCUCUUGUCUUUCUUCAAGCUUCUGCUUCAUGGGCAACUUCGGAUUCUGUCUAUGACAGCUUCCUCCAAUGCCUAAAAACCAAAACAAACUCAUCCAACACAUCUCAAUUAUCCAACAUAGUCUAUGCCCAAAACAACCCUUCAUACACACCAGUUUUACAAGCCUACAUCAGAAACUCCAGGUUCAACAAAACCUCCACCCCAAAACCACUCCUCAUUGUCACACCCUUAACCGAAUCCCAUGUCCAGGCCUCCGUCCUCUGCGCCAAGCUCGCCGGCUUACAGCUCAAAAUCCGAAGCGGCGGGCACGAUUAUGAGGGCAUUUCUUACUGGUCUAGCCAGACAUUUAUUGUUCUUGACAUGUUUAAUCUCAGGUCGAUCAAGGUGGACAUUAAGGACAACUCCGUUUGGGCUCAGGCCGGCGCUACGCUUGGAGAGUUGUACUAUAGGAUUUGGGAGAAGAGUAAAGUCCAUGCCUUUCCGGCGGGGAUUUGCCAACUGGUUGGUGUUGGUGGGCACCUAAGUGGCGGCGGAUAUGGUAACUUGCUGAGGAAGUAUGGUCUUGCUGUUGACAAUGUCCUUGAUGCUCAGAUUGUCAAUGCCAAAGGCGAACUUCUCGACCGAAAAUCGAUGGGGGAGGACUUGUUUUGGGCUAUUAAAGGAGGAGGUGGAGGAAGCUUUGGUGUCAUUAUUUCGUACAAGUUGAAGUUGGUUUCUGUCCCGGAAGUUGUUACAAUUUUUCGGGUUGAGAAAACGUUGGAGCAGAAUGCAACCGCCCUCGUUUCUCGGUGGCAGGAGGUGGCGCCCACGACGGAUGAUGGGUUGUUUUUGAGGCUGUUGUUGCAGCCUGUCAGUUCUAAAGUGAAGAAGGGGGAAAAGACUAUUAGAGCCUCAGUUUUGGCCGAGUUUUUAGGCACUGCUGAUCAGCUUGUGAAAUUGUUGGGUAAGGAGUUCCCUGAAUUGGGGUUGAAGAAGGAGAAUUGUACUGAGAUGAACUGGAUUGAAUCCGUCCUCUGGUGGGCGAAUUUCGACAUUGGAACCUCUCCCAAGGCGUUGCUUGACAGAAUGCCAAACGAUGCAAAUUUCUUGAAGAGGAAGUCUGAUUAUGUCCAAACCCCGAUUUCAAUAGACGGGUUGGAGUGGCUGUGGAAAAAAAUGAUCGAGCUAGGGAAAACAGGACUUGUUUUCAAUCCGUAUGGUGGGGAAAUGAGCCGGAUUGCACCAUCCGAGACACCUUUUCCCCACCGUGCCGGAAACUUGUACAAAAUUCAGUACUCAGUGAACUGGGAGGAUGCAGGGGAAGACUUGGAGAAGAACUACACCACACAAAGCAAGAGGCUUUUCAGUUACAUGACCCCAUUUGUGUCAAAGAAUCCAAGAAGUGCUUUUCUGAACUAUAGAGACCUUGACAUUGGUGCUAGUUCAACUGGGGCUCCUUCUUAUGAAGAAGGAAGGGUUUAUGGAGUGAAGUAUUUCAACGACAAUUUCGAUAGGCUGGUGAAGGUGAAGACCGCCGUCGAUCCAGAAAAUUUCUUCUACAACGAGCAAAGCAUCCCAAUUCUUCCAAGAAACGAAUAGGAGAGCAUAGGAAGUUGAUACAAAAGCAUGGAUUUUUGGUUGUUGAUUGAUCAUAGAUUCAUUGGAGUAAGUUAAAAAGGUUAAAGUAUUAUGAAAAGGCUAAAUUAUUGGGUUAUUUUGAUUCAGUUCUUGUCACAGUGAAUAGAUACAAUGUGUUUUUACUUUUAUCCUGCUCCAGAUUAAUAUUUUGGUUUUGGAUUUAUGAGAGAUCGUGACAUGUAUAAGAAAGUUGAAACAAUGCCAUUUAUUCUAGUUAAA